GGGGCGAGGAUCUUACACUGAGCGUUUGGCUUGUGGCUCUUCGUGAUAACCAGUUGCAAAAUCUGAAUUCCACGUGCGCUGACUAUAUCUGGUUACGUUGUUCCGAAGGCCCACGAUGUCGAUGCCAGUCCACCAAGAAACAGUUUAUCGGUUCUUUUUUUGGGAAUUCUUUAUCCUGCUUCUCCUUCUAUUGUUCAUACCGACAUCAGUCAUCCGUCCCAGUGGAUCAGGAAACGUAACCUCCCUACGACCACGUGGAGAUGAAGGGAAGUCAGGCAGACACGCAGACGCGACGGCCGAACAAGCGCAAAAAUUCGGCUUCACGGACACAACCAAAACAAAGGAGACUUACACAGGUCCCAAAUUUCACGAGAAAACAGAGGCGCUCCUAAGACAGGUCGAGAAUGACGUCUACUACACCAGGGAAUUCGUUCUGGCGCAGUUCCGACGAUUACAGCAUCAAUUGGCAAGCGACGCCGCUCGGGAAGAUUUCGCCCAUGUUAUCAAGGAUGUUAAACAUUAUUUCGGAGUUACCCAGUACGACCUCUGGAGACUUCGCAAUGAGUCCGGCCUUCAUGCUUGGCAGAAGAAUGAGGUAGAGGAGCUUAGUAAUCUGAUACAAAAUCGAAUCUACGCACUGCAGCAUCCCGCCGAUUGUGAAUCUGCUAAGAAAAUCGUUUGCAAUUUGCCUGCCUGGCCUGAGGGCCGAGGAAUAGGCAGUCAUCUUCACCAUAUUAGUUACUGCUUCCUCGCUUCAUAUGGGACACAGAGAACGCUCAUUAUUAAUGAAAAGCCAACGAACAUGGACUUUAGCACGGGUACCUACUUUCUACCCCUUAGUGAAAACUGUACCUACAAUAAUAUGAGCACUGCGUGGCCAGGCAAACAAGACUCGCUCGCUAUCCAGUUUCCCGACAAUGACAAACCCAAACCGCGGCCGAACUAUUUCCCAAGGUCAGUGCCCCGGGACUUUGCCCAGCGCCUCACGAGUGCCCACGGCGACCCCUUCGCCUGGUGGAUGGGGCAGUUCUUCAAGUACGCCUUGAGGAUGACCCAGGGAUUCCAGGACUACGUCGAGAAGCUAGGGGCUCGGCUAGGCUACGAGAGUCCGAUUGUUGGAGUGCAAGUCAGGAGAACGGACAAGCUGCGUCACGACUCGAGAUUCAUAAAACUGGAAGAAUACAUGGAGGUCGUGGACGACUUUUUCGACGACCUGGAGAUUCGAGGGACGAAGGUGACGACUCGCAGGAUCUACUUGGCCACAGACGACCCGAAGGUCCUCCAGGAAGCGAAGGCGAAAUUCCCCAACUACGCGUUUGUGUUCAACGAGGAGAGCGUCGCCACAGCCAGCCUGAGACGAAGGAGUAGCAAAGCCAACAUGAGAAACCUCAUGGCUGACAUCUACUUCCUCUCUCGCUCUGACUUCCUCGUGUGCGGCAUGUCGUCUAAUAUAUGCAGGCUGGCGUACGAGCUCAUGCAAACCCUUCACUCGGACGCCUCGUGGAAAUUGUUCUCAAUGGAUUUACAUUAUUGUUUCCACUACCAGAGCGCUCACGAGGUAGUGGCGAGGUACCCUCACUCGCCUCGAAGCGGCAGCGAGAUCGAGCUCCGGAAGGGCGAUCGCGUGAUGAAGUCUCAGUAUCACUACAACAAGCAACGCAAUUAUCACGACGGUUUCUCGCACGGAGUCAAUCAGAGGACGAAAAGAGCCGGCUUGUACCCAACUUACAAGACGGUUGAUGUCCUGAAGCUCGCUGACACGCCACCCUUCGAUCGAAUGGACAAUAGGGAAGAGUAAUUAGGUCUAGAUUUAUUAAAGAAAGGUUUUCGAGGCUUGAAAUAUACCGUAUUUGAUACAUUUAAGCUUGAGCCAGUUCCGAUUCCUUUGCUUCUGUAAGGGUUAUCCUCUCAGUAAAGAUUAUUCCUAAAA